UUAUUUUGCAAGUUUCUGUUAGGAGGAGCAUCUGGUAAUCCCUUACUUCCCAAGUUAUAUUUCAACUUCCUUUAAAAGCAAGUAUUUUUCUCCAGUAAUCACAAGUUUGAGUGGAGAAAGAACUGGACAGUCAGAGCUCUCUUGCAAAUAUAUGUGUGCCUAAAAGAUCCAAAGCAUGAGGCUGCAAGCAAAGAUUAUUUGGUUUAUAUUAUGGGCUGCUUGUGUAGCACAAGAUUGUAAAGGACCUCCCCCAAGACCCAGUAUAGAAAUGCUUUCGGGUUCCUGGCCUGACAAAAUAUAUCCAGAACGCACUGAGGCCAUAUACAAAUGCCGCCCUGGGUACAUAACUCUUGGAACUAUCAUUAGGGCAUGCAAGAAUGGAGAGUGGGUGUCUCUUAAUCCAAACAGGAUAUGUCGGAAAAAGCCCUGUGGACAUCCUGGAGAUACUCCCUUUGGUUCUUUUGAGCUUGCAGUAGGAGAUCGGUUUGAAUAUGGUGCGAAGGUUAUUUACACAUGUGAGACAGGCUAUCAAUUGGUAGGUGAGAUUGACUUCCGGAUCUGUGAUGCAGAUGGUUGGACCAAUGAGAUUCCUAUAUGUGAAGUUGUUAAGUGUUUGCCACCUACGGGACCAGAGAAUGGGAGACUUAUCAGUGCAUUGGAACCUGAUCAGGAGUAUUACUUUGGACAAGUGGUACAAUUUGAGUGUAAUUCAGGCUUCAAGAUAGAAGGACAUAAGGAAAUAUAUUGUUCAGAGAACGGUCUGUGGAAUAAUGAGAAGCCGAAGUGUGUGGCAAUUUCCUGCAAAGCACCAGAAAUUAGAAAUGGAUAUCCUAUUUCUCCGAAGACCAUUUAUAAAGAGAAUGAACGGUUUCAAUAUAAAUGUAACCAAGGUUUUGAAUACAGUGUAAGAGGAGAUGCUCUGUGCACUAAUUCAGGAUGGAGUCCAGAGCCUUUGUGUGAAGAAAAAACAUGUACACCUCCUUAUAUUCCAAAUGGUUUCUACUCACCUCAAAGAAUUAAACACAGAGCUGGAGAUGAAGUCACAUAUAAAUGUAAAGAUGGUUUUUAUCCUGCAAGCAGGGGAAAUACGGCAAAAUGCACCAGUAGUGGCUGGAUACCUGCUCCAAGAUGUAGCUUGAAACCUUGUGACUUUCCAGAAAUAAAACAUGGAGCUCUACAUUAUGAAAGUUAUUAUAGACCAUACUUUCCAGUACCUAUAGGAAAGUAUUACAGCUAUUUCUGUCAUGAGAAUUUUGCGCCCCCUUCUCUGUCACGCUGGGAUCAUAUCUACUGCACAAAAGAUGGAUGGUCACCAAAAGUACCAUGCAUCAGAAAGUGCUUUCACGAUUAUGUUGAAAAUGGAAAUAGUCCACGUAAAACAGAAACAUAUGUACAAGAUCAAUCUGUAGCGGUUAAGUGUUUUCCUGGCUAUAGUCUUCCAAAUGGGCAGAACAGAAUUACAUGCACAGAGAAUGGCUGGUCCCCUCUCCCCAAGUGCAGCCGUAUCAAAACAUGUUCAAAAUCAGAUAUAGAAAUUGAAAAUGGGUUCCUCUCUGAAUCUGACUAUCUUUAUGUUUUAAAUAAAAAAACACAAUUUAAGUGUAAACCAGGAUAUUUAACACCAGAUGGAGAAACCUCAGGACAAAUUACAUGUCUGGAAAAUGGAUGGUCAGAUCAACCCACUUGCAUUAAGUCUUGUGAAUUGCCAGUAUUUGAGAAUGCUGGAACCAAAAACAAUCGUACUUGGUUUAAAGUCAAUGACAAGUUGGACUAUGAAUGCCAUGUUGGAUAUGAAAACAAACUUAGACGUGCCAAAGGUUCCAUAAGAUGUUCUCACACCGGAUGGUCCGACACACCCACAUGUUAUGAAAAAGAAUGCACAGUUCCACAAAUAGAGAAGUAUGUACUUGCUGUUCCCACAAAAGAAAAAUAUAAAGUUGGGGACUUGUUGACAUUCUCCUGCCGGCAAGGAUUAACAAGAGUUGGACCAGAUUCUGUGCAAUGUUACCACUUUGGAUGGUCCCCUAAUGUCCCAAAAUGCAAAGAUCAGGUACGUGCAUGUGGUCAACCUCCUGAACUCCUCAACGGGGAAAUGACAGAAGCAAUGAAAGACGUGUAUGAUCACAACGAAGAGGUGGAAUAUAAAUGCCACCCUAGAUUUCUGUUGAAGGGGCCAAAUAAAAUCCAGUGUGUUGACGGAAGCUGGACAACCUUGCCAAUAUGUAUUGAGGAGAAAAGAACGUGUGAAAACGUACCUGAACUUGCCCAUGGCUAUGCGCUGCCAUCUAACCCUCCCUAUCACCAUGGAGACUCGGUGGACUUCAGUUGUACUGAAACUUUCACAAUGAUUGGACACAGAUCAAUUACGUGUGUUACUGGAAUGUGGACCCAACUUCCUGAGUGCGUUGCAAUAGAUCAACUUCAGAAUUGUAAACCACCAAAUGUAGUUAUACACCAAGCAAAUCAACCCGAUAAGACUGAAUUUCACCAUAACACUAGCGUAAGUUACAAAUGUCGAGGGAAGCAAAAACUCCAGCACACAACAUGCGUGAAUGGAAGAUGGGAACCGGAACCCACCUGUACAAAAGUAGAAAAACCCUUAUGUGCACCUCCACCUCAGAUUCCCAAAGCUCAAAAUAUGAUCACCACUGUGAAAUAUAAAGAUGGAGAAAGGGUAUCUAUUCUUUGCCAAGAAAAUUAUUUACUUCUGGGAACAGAAGAAAUUGUGUGCAAACAAGGAGUAUGGCACUCGUUGCCACACUGUGUAGAGAAAAUUGCUUGUUCUCAACCGCCUCGUAUAAACUAUGGAACUAUUAUUGACUCAUCUGGACCUUCAAAAGAAAGGAAAGAAACCCGUCAACGGAGACUGUAUGCACAUGGUACCAAAUUAAAUUAUACUUGUGAAGAUGGCUUCGUGUUGUCUUCAGGACAAGGGAUAACAUGUCACUUGGGCAAAUGGAGUUUGCCACCUGAGUGCAUUGGGCUUCCUUGUGAAUCUCCACCUUCAAUUCCUAAUGGUUUUGUGUACCAAGAGUUAGAAAAUUAUCAAUAUGGAGCAGAAGUUACAUACAACUGCUUGGAAGGAUUUGGAAUUAAUGGACCUGCUUUUAUAAGAUGUUUAGGAAGAAAUUGGUCCACUCCACCAAUCUGCAUAAGAACAGAUUGCUUUAAUGUGCCUACCUUUGAAGGUGUCUUACUUGCACAACAGAAGAAGGAUUUUUAUAGGUCAGGAGAACAAGUGACCUACAGAUGUCCAAGCUCUUACCACUUGGAAGGUUCUGAUACUGUGACAUGUGUUAAUGGCAAAUGGAUAGGAGAGCCAAAAUGCAAAGAUAUUUCCUGUGUGAAUCCACCAAUAGUGAAAAAUGCUACUAUAAUAUCAGACCAGAUGGCUAAGUAUCCACCUGGUGAAAGAGUACAGUACCAAUGUAACAAACAGUUUGAAAUGUUUGGAGAUGCAGAAGUAAUGUGUCUAAAUGGAACUUGGACAGAACCACCUCUGUGUAAAGAUUCCACAGGAAAAUGUGGGCCUCCCCCAUCUAUUGCCAAUGGAGACAUUACUUCUUUCCCUUUAGCAGCAUAUCUUCCACACUCAACUGUAGAAUAUCAGUGCCAGAACUUAUAUGAACUUCAGGGUGACCAGCAAAUAGUAUGUAAAAACGGAGAGUGGUCCAAACCACCCAUAUGCUUAAAACCAUGUGUAAUAUUAGAAGACACUAUGGAAAAACAUAAUUUAACACUCAUGUGGAAAAAAAACCAGAAGCUUUAUUCCCCAUCAGGUGAUACAGUUGAAUUUAAAUGUAAAGAUGGAUAUAGUUCACCAACUUCAAAAUCUUUACGUGUGAUGUGUCGUGAUGGUCACAUGGACUAUCCCAGUUGUGUCUGAAAUGUACGUAAUAUUAAUUAUGGUUAAAAGCAUUAGUAUGUUUGGCUUUAUUCAGAAUUUUUAUUAGCAAUCUAGUUCUCUGUUUUAUUUUUAAGUAUUGCUCAAUUCAUUUUUUAAUCAUAAAUGGAAAUUUUGGUUGUUGUACAGUGACGUGUUUAGAAUUUGAGAGGCCAGUGGCACACUUCUUAAAAUAUUGCAUUCAAACUUGACAAAUCAAAGUGCUAUAUAUCGUUUUUACAAAACUAUGGCAAGAAAUGGAAUUACUUCAGUGUUUGUCUCUUUCCACCAUCACUGUCUCAAGUCUCCCAAAGAAUUCUACAUAACUCCCGAGUUAUGAGAGGCUUUGCUUCACAAUGUGUGUAUCUCUGAGAGGCUUUGCUUCACAAUGUGUGAAGAGGAUAUUGUCUCCAACUUUAAAAUUCUAUCACUUAUAAAUGUAUGAAAACCAAAAUCACACCUGAGUACAAAUAUACACAAUUACCACUUAUUAUUUAACUAUUAAUAAAUGAAUGCAAAAAUUAUUAAAUGUAUGAGCUUAUCAUAUAUAUUAGUCUAACACAUUUGAUAAUACAAACAAAUCUUUAACAAAAAUUAAAGCUGUGUUGUCUAUAUAACUAUAUAAAAAUCUUCUAGCCAUACUAGAAAACAAAAAUAAAGUCAGAAAUGAAGAGAAAAUAA